AUGGCGGGGAGUGCGCGCCGGAAACCCCAACCCCUCGGCUUCGACGUGCGCUACGCCGUCGCGCCCAUGGUGGGGCAGAGUGACCUGCCGUUCCGCCUCUUGUGUCGCCGCUACGGAGCUACUAUCGCGUACACGGAGAUGCUCCACAGGUCCCCCGCCCCUCCCGUUUCCUCCCCGCCUUCGCCCAGCGACGCGAUUUUGAGCGACCCGGGCUUUUUGUCGCGGGCCCUGCAGUCGCACGCGUGCGACGGCCCGCUGGUCGCACAGCUGGCGGGCAACGACCCCGCGGAGAUGGUGCGCGCGGGCUGGGCGGUGCUCGCGCACAUGGCGCGCGUGGAGCAACCGGCGCAGGCUGGGCGCGUGCAGAGCACCGGGGAAGGCACGCAGGGGGAGCAGAAGCGGGCGGGGGGGAGGGAGAAGGCGGGAGAGACGAAAGCAAGUGGGGAAAAGGAGAGGAUGGGGAGACGAGGGGAAUCGAACGAGAUGCGAGCUGAAGGGGGGGACGCUGCAGAGGCAGAACGAAGGGAGGGAGGAGGAGGAGGAGGAGGAGGAGGAGGAGGAGGAGGAGGAGGAGGAGGAGGAGGAGGAGGAGGAGGAGGAGGAGGAGGAGGAGGAGGAGGAGGAGGAGGAGGAGGAGGAGGAGAAGCGGGGCGUGUGUGUAGAGGUGAAGAAGGGGUUGAAAGACAGGGGGAGGUGUGGGAUUCGAAGGAGGGGCGGCUGCAGAGCGGAGAAGAGGGAGCAGCAGGUACAGUGGAGCAACGUGGACGUAGUCGUGUCGAGACGUGCGAGCAUCAUGGCACGUUGCAGGCUGCAGCGACGACGAUGCUGCUGAAUGUGCCACGAGACCUAGCAGCAGUAUUGCCAACGGCAGCACCAGCAGCAGCAGCAGCAGCAGCAGCAGCAGCAGCAGCAGCAGUCUCAACAGCAGCGGGUGCUGGUGCGCUGCGCGCCAAGCAGGGCCACUACGGGGCGUACCUCCUCAAUGAUAAGGACGUGCCGCGCGUUUAUGCCAUGGACCUGCCGCGUGUGUACGCCAUGGUGCGAGCCAUGGCAUCGCACCUGCCCAUCCCAAUUUUCUGCAAGAUCCGCCUCAUGCCCUCCCUGCCCCAGACCAUCGCCCUCUGUCGUGGCCUGCAGGACGCCGGCUGCGCGCUCAUUGCGCUGCACGCGCGCAUGCCAGCUGGCACUGUCAAAAGGCGAGUGGGCCCCGCUGACCUGGCAGCCGUGCGAGCUGUCAAGCAGGCGCUGGCCAUCCCCGUGCUCAGCAACGGCAACAUCUCGUCACCUGCUGACGUGGCAGCCAACCUGGCGUUCACCGGGGCAGACGGUGCCAUGUCAGCAGAGGGCGUGUUACACGACCCCAAGAUCCUCAGCGGGGGAAUCACCUCUCGGGAGGAGCGCCUCUCAGUGGCCUUGGAGUACCUCGCCCUGUGUCAGCAGCUAGGCUCGGUGGAGUCAGGCUCGGUAACCUGGCCCGGCAUUCGUCUGCAUAUGGAGUGUGUAUCGCUGAGGGUGGGAGCUGAGAGCAUUUUUUCCGGCGCCUCAACUAACCCACUCACCUCCCCCUCUCUUGCCCUCCCUUCCUCCCCCUUUUCCCAUCCGCGACCCUGUGUGUCCCAAGCAGGUCGCUCUGUGUCCUUUGCUCACCAGGGAGCAUACCGCAGGGGAUGGGAGCUGAGAGCAGCUCUGCAUGCUGCAGCCUCGCUGCCUGCCCUUCGCCACGUGCUGCUGCAGGCUCUGCUGCCCCCAACCCAUGCCUCUGCUACAGGUGCCCCAUCCGAUGCCUCUGCUGCAGACCCCUUCUCCCAUGCAUCUGCUACACACCCUCCUAAUCCCGCUGCUACAGAACCAUGCAUGCUGCAAUGCUUGGAGCUAGGGGGGACAUCAGCAGCAGCAGCAGCAGCAGCAACAACCCCUCCGCUGGGACGAGUAGCGGUCAUUGGAGCAGGGGUCAGCGGGCUGGCGGCGGCGUGGCGGCUGCAGCAGGGGGGCGCGGAGGUGGUGGUGUACGAGGCGGACGCGCGCGUGGGCGGCAAGCUGUGGUCGCACCGAGAACAGGGGUUCCAAUGGGACGCCGGCGCCAACACCAUGACGGAGAACGAGCCGCUAGUGGGUCGCAUUAUAGACGACCUGGGGCUGCAUGACCGAGUGGUGCUGCCCGAGCAGCAGUCCAAGCGCUAUGUAGUGAAGAAUGGCAAGCCUACCCUGCUCCCAGCCAGUCUGCCCGAGUUCCUCACCACGCCACUCCUCUCCCUCCCUGCCAAGCUGCGCAUGCUAGCAGAGCCGCUGCUGUGGAAGAGGCUUUCCCCUGGAUCCAAUGCUGAUGAGGAGAGUGUGCGGAGCUUUCUGGAGCGACAUGUGGGGCCUGAGCCCGUGGACUACAUCGUGGACCCAUUCUGUGCCGGCACCACAGGAUCCGACCCCAACGACCUCCUCAUGAAGCAUGUGUUCCACGAGGUGUGGGAGCUGGAGCAGCAGCAUGGCUCUCUGCUGGUGGGAAUGGUGAAGACUCAGAUGGCCAAGGCCAAGGCCAGGAAGCAGCAGGCUAAACAGCAGGGCAGCACCGCCGCAUCAACUGGAGCGUCCAAAGUCCUCGCUCCGCGGCCCAAGGGCGUCUCAUUCUCCUUCCAAUCAGGCAUGCAGGAGCUGCCUCUCUCCCUCGCGACCCACAUCCCCGCCUCCGCCCUGCGUCUCUCCCACCGCGUGGACGCCCUCUCCUGCGACCUGCACUCGCCCCCGCACCGCCCCUCCUGGUCCCUCGCAGUCACGCGCGUGGGCGAUGGGGGCAGUGGCGGCAAGGGCAAGGGUGGGAAGGAGGAAGGAGCGGAAAGAUUCGAUGCUGUUGUUGUCACGGCCCCUCUUUCCGCUCUCGCCAACAUGCCCUUCAAGCUGUCCGGGCAGCCGCAAAAACUUCCCAUCCAGCUGCCCGUCUAUCAGUCCAUGGCCCUGCUGGUGAACGCGUUUCGCGAGGAGGAUGUUUCGUCUGCGCUGCCCGGUUUUGGCGUGCUUGUGCCGACCAAAGAAGCAGCAGCCCACCAGUUCAAAUCGCUAGGUGCGCUCUUCUCAUCUGCCAUGUUCCCCCAGCGCGCCCCCAAGGGCACGGUGCUGCUCACGUCCUUCGUGGGGGGCUCUCGCUUCAAGGGCCUGCACACUGCCUCCAUGGAGGAGCUGAACGCCAUGGCUCUAGCGGAUCUGCAGCGCCUCCUCGGAGUCAAGGCCAAGCCCAUCUUCUCCUCGCACAUGGUGUGGCAUGAAGCCUUCCCGGAGCUCACGCACGGCUAUGGCGGUGUGUUGGAGAGCAUGCGCCAGAUAGAGACCACCACGCCCUUCUUCUACUGGGCAGGCAACCACCGGGACGGCCUGGCAGUGGGCAAGGCACUGGUGGGCGGAUACAGGGCAGCAGAGAGAGUGCUGGCAGACCUAGAGGCCACAGGCGGGAGGCACCUCUUCACCAUGGCACACCCGGAGCCCCCACUCAUAUCGUGA